CCUUUCCCUCAGUCUUGCCAACAGCUCCAAAGGGAGCACAUCUAAAACGUAAAAUGCGGUGCGGUCAGUAGUAUUCUUGCAAAAUUCCAAGACAAAGUGUUCUCGCGGCCUUUUACUCUUUUUUGACUCAAAAUUUUUUUAGUUCCUUAUUGAAAUAAACCAAAAUUACGAUGCUGGCAAAGAGUUUUACGCUGAAUUCAAUCUCGAACGUGCUGCAAAAGCGAGUUUCUAGCCUGUUGCUCUCGUCAACCUGUCGUCAGUUCAGCUCGGAGGGCAGUUUGCACUCGGAGGAUGGCUAUCCCAAGUUCUCAAAGCGCAAGGACCUAAAGCCCAUGGAGAAAAAGGACAGGUCCAAGGUUUACGAUGCCUGCUGGCAGUCGAUGCGCCGCACGGAGUACAAAUGCCGUUCGGACCCCGAGUUCAAUGUGCACGCCUUCGUGGAUGCCCGCAAACAGUGUUUGGCCGAUCCCUGUGCCACCGAGAUGCUGCCUAUGGACAUCACCCACUACAAGCCGCAGGACAUGGCCAAAAGGAGGUAUCCCCGCACCUGGUUCGAGUGCAUAGUCAAGCGCCGCAAGCGAAAGGCCCACUGUGUGCCAAUAGCGCCUCCAAUGCCGCGGCGCAAGAGGAAAUCACUCAAGGCCAAGUGUCCCGAGGAUCUGUGUGUCCUGGGAAAACUGGAACUCCAUCUUACGGAACCCUGCACCUUGAUGAAGCCCACGAAGUGUCCGCGAUUCAAGAUGCCCAACUGCUGUGUGGCCGCCCGCAAUCCGCCCAUGUGCCGUCGACCCUUCCGAAGAUGUGGCAGCCGUCGUAAGACCAAGUAUCCCAGUUUCUCCGAGUGCAAGCGGGAUCCCUUCUCAGAGGCCCGACCCAUCGAGUGCAACUGCCUGCUAAAGCCGGCCAUCUGCGAGAUGUGGCGGCACUAUCGCCGCCGGAAUGGCUGAUCAAUGAUCGCUUAUUGGUUUUUUAAAAUUCCCGGACGCCAGAGGACGGUGCAAUUCCUCAUCGGCUGUCUGAUUUUACCAAAUUAGGACCAACCAAAAUUUUUGUUUUACCAAAGCCUACCGCAUCUAAAAAUUCACUAAAAAGCUCUAGCCAGCUUGUUUUUUUUGGAGAACUUUGGUAAUUCUAUUCAAAAAAGAUGUUUCUUAUACUCGUACUAAAGACAUAUAAAAACUGUAAGAAAUUAUU